GGAGAUGUUUCCUGUAUUAAGAGGGGAGGAUAUAAUUUACAUGAGGCACUCGGCUGGCCUUCUUCGGAUUAUGAAGAAACUCACACGUUCGUAGUACAACUCGCCCAUGAACAUCUUAACAUCAACAAGUCCUGGAGUUCACAAGCAAAGGCCGGUUUGACUGUCAUCUAUGCAGAAGCGAAGAAACGGUAUCAUAUCCUUGAUCGUUAUGAGGGUAAUUGGGUUGUUAGUGAUAUGCUCCGUAUCUUCUUGAAAAAAAGUUGUAGUCAUUAG